UUAGACCAGAUGAUGAGCAGCGAGAGCACCAAUUUGGAGCAGUUCCUGGCAGAGAAGUACCCCGGCCUGACCGCAGAACGAAACAAAGGCGGUGCCAUCAUAAUCCGUGGCGUGACGUGCAGUGAGGGAAAGUGGCGUCGCCUGAAGCUCUAUUUGCCACAUCAUCCGGCCUUGGAUGGCUUUCAGUUAUAUGUGCAGGAGCAACUGGAGUACAAGUGCUACACCGCCAGCAACCUGCGGGUGCAGACCGACUGGGUGCUGGAGGAUUUGUUGUCGCAUCUGCCGCAGCUGCUGCCGGCCACGGAAUCAAUAUCCACCACAAAUAAUGCCGCCCAGCGCAGCAAUAUAUACGCCGAUAUCCUGGCGCUGCACAAGCCCCAGGAGUACCGCUUGCAGAUGGACGCAGGCUACUCGCGGAUUCGUUUCAGUCAGUUUCCCGAUUUUGAGCAGCACUAUCUGGAGUUGGAGGUGCCCACGAUGCGUCUGCUGGAGCACAGUCUGCCUGACUGCGUGCAGUUGGGCGAAAUGUUGGCCAAGAGCGCACGAACGCUCAGUGACGUGCUGAAUCUGUUCCGGAAGCUGCUGGAGGAUCUGCGCCCCUUCUACGACAACUUCAUGGACAUUGAUGAGCUGUGCCAUGUGCUGCAGCCAUCGCCCAUUACCACCAAGCACAACACACGCGUUUUCCCCUUAAAAGAUCGCGUCUACCUCAAGAUCACCAUUGUGGAUCCGUUCGCCAGCACUACCUCCAUGGCGCUGAAGAUUAUUGGGCCCACAGACGAGGUGGCCCGUCUGCGGGAUGUCCUGAGCGAUGGUCUCGGCAAUUGGGACGCAGAGCUGGACAUGCACAAGAAUCUGCUGCGCAUCUUUGAUCUCUGCUACUUUCCCAUGCCCGACUGGAACGAGACAGACAAGCCGGAGGAGGAGCAGGAGAAGCAUUGCAACAUUUGCUUUGUCUACCGCUUGGACAGUGGCGAGGUGCCCAUUGUCUCCUGCGACAAUCCGCGCUGUGUGCUCCUGUGCCAUGCCGCCUGCCUGGACGAAUGGUUCAAGACGCUGCUGGAUGGCAAAACCUAUCUGGACGUGUCCUUUGGCCUCUGUCCGUACUGCAAGUCGAGGCUGUCCACCUCCUUCGCUGCACUGCUGGAUGCAGCGUAAGGCCAGGCCAAAA